CAACAUCAUCAACACUAACACCAACAUCAACAAAGAUGACACCCGAAUUUGAGUCCACCGUUCAAAAGGCCAUUGAGAAUGACGUCCUCCCCGGUGCGGUGAUGCUCGUCAGGUCAAAAGAUGGAAAACUCAACUACACCCACUCCCUCGGCCCCUUGUCCCUCUCCCCUUCUUCCAGUCCAGCAAACAGCCCCCUCCAACCAGACAGCAUCCUCGCCAUGGCCUCCACAACCAAACUCCUCACCUCCAUCGCGGUCCUGCAGCAGGUCCAAUCAGGGAAAGUAGCCCUCGCGACUGACAUCUCCCCCCACCUCCCGGAACUGGCCGCCCAACCUGUUUUGAGCGGGUUCACCCCCGACGGACAACCAAUUCUGUCUCCACGAACAGAACCGAUACUGUUAAAACACCUCCUGACCCACUCGUCAGGCUGCUCCUACACCUGGAACAACCCCGACGUGGUGACCUACCUCACCACCAUCACCAACAAGACCGUCCCCGUCCCCUUGACCCCGGUCGGGGGAAGUACAGUGCCCGAGCGGUGCUCUUACCCGUUGUCGUUCCAACCCGGAAAGGGAUGGGUCUACGGCUCGGGACUGGACUGGGCGGGUUUGUUGGUGGAAAGGCUCUCUGGUGUCAAGCUGGAGGUUUACCUGCAGGAUAAUAUCCUGUCAGUGUUGGGGAUCAAAAGGGGGGAGAUCACCUUUUAUCCUGCUCGGUACGACGCCCUCGACGGACGCCGAGCGGAAUGA